AUGGUGGGGUCCAGACGCAUGCCCCAAAAAGUGAAAAAUAUGCAAAACCCUAAUGCCACAAAAGCCCUACACAUACACCAAACAAGUUUGAAUUGGAACUAAAAACUCUUGAAGAUCUCAACUCAACUCGCCUCAACUCAGCGAAACUGAACUCAGAAGAAAUAUCCGACUCUUCGUCCACAAUGAUCCAAAAACGCACGUCCCAGAAGAAGAGCUACGGCGUUUUUGGCGACGUGUACGGGGUGAUGAUGGUCCCCAAAGAGCUCGAGAUCGAAAAGGAUGCUUCCAUUGAUCAGUUUCGUUUUCAGCUUCCCGAUCUCAAGCAAGCUUUCCAAGAUUUUGUGAGGACCCGAGAAGUUGGGGAAUUUAUAAGCGGGGCUUUAGCAGGGGCCAUGACCAAAGCCGUUCUUGCUCCUCUUGAGACCAUCAGGACAAGAAUGGUGGUGGGCAUUGGGUCGAAAAACAUUUCGGGUAGUUUCAUAGAGGUCAUUGAGCAGCAGGGUUGGCAAGGGCUGUGGGCCGGGAACACAAUUAACAUGCUGCGCAUAAUCCCUACACAGGCGAUAGAGUUUGCAACAUUUGAGUGUGUCAAGCGAACGAUGACAGAAGCCCAGGAGAAAUGGAGCACAAAGGAAUGCCCUAAGUUGCAGAUUGGUCCUGUCAGUCUUAACUUAUCUAUCUCAUGGAUCUCCCCCAUUGCCGUGGCGGGUGCAGCUGCUGGAAUUGUUAGCACGCUUGCUUGCCACCCUCUUGAAGUUUUGAAGGAUCGGUUGACUGUUAGUCCAGACAUUUACCCUAGUAUAAGUGUUGCAGUGAGCAAGAUUCACAAUGAUGGUGGGAUCGGAGCAUUCUAUGCCGGCAUUUCACCUACACUGAUUGGCAUGCUCCCAUACAGCACAUGCUACUAUUUCAUGUAUGAAACAAUGAAGAAAUCGUACUGCACAGCAAAGAAUAAAACAUCUCUCAACCGUCCCGAGAUGCUCUUGAUUGGAGCUCUCUCAGGUUUUACGGCAAGCACAAUCAGCUUCCCAUUGGAGGUGGCAAGGAAGCGGCUGAUGGUUGGAGCUCUACAGGGCAAGUGUCCACCCCACAUGGCGGCAGCACUGUCAGAAGUUAUUCGGGAGCAGGGAAUCAUGGGUCUCUACAGAGGGUGGGGUGCAAGCUGUUUGAAAGUCAUGCCCUCCUCUGGCAUCACCUGGAUGUUUUAUGAGGCUUGGAAAGAUAUAUUACUUGCAGAGAGACGACAUCUAUAACGACUCUUCUAAGACUCUGCUACAUUGGUUGGUCCUCAGUUUGUUUGGUAGGCUGAGUACCAGGGCUCGGAGAUGUGCUCGAGCCAGGAUUCUGAAGACGAGAAGCUUAUGUGAGCGGAUUCGGAAGAUAAGAAGCUUAUGUGAAGGAGGCUGACUUCACGGGGAUCAUAAAGUGGGCUCUUUGACCCUUGAGCCCCAUCAAUAACGAAUGAUUUGUACUGACAAAUGUUUUUUAAUUUAAGGAGGAAAUAUUAAUACAAGUUUUCAGUUUCUGUUGAAA